UCCAGUUAGUCAAGCAUCAGCCAGGAGCUCCGGCACCCACCUAUCCCCGCUCGUCACACCCAUUCGCCUACUGUUCCUUUACACAUAACCUAACAACAACGAUAUCAGGAACACAGAAGAUAUCAGUGCCCUUUUACGAACAAGUGAAAGUCGGUUGAGAGAAAUUCUUGAGGAGAGGUGCAGCCUGGCGUGUAAGUCACCAGGCCAGGGAGGCGACUGUGGCCCCAGCUGGGUGUCAUACUCUCACUCACCACUUAUCUUCUCCAACGCUUCCUUGUAUUCAUGCCGCCCCCACAGAUUCUUGUUGGAGCCUAAACUGUGUCUCAGCAUAACUUGUGACAUUCAGAACAUAAGUGAGGAAAAUGAAUACUAAGUUGCGUGUGUAGAAGUGUAACCACUGCCAGCUGUUACUACGGAGAGCAAUCAGUUCACCUGGAAGGCACACGGAACUUCGCCGUCACAUAAUUGCAAAUACUUGCCAAAAGGCGAAUAUAGUGAACUCGUUUUACAUUACAUUUCUUCGUUUGGAAAAAUAAGUAUCGGCUUAAUAUAUCAGCACUAUAAAAGAAGAGUCUUUCACUUAAGGGAUACCAUAGUGCCCGUCCAGGUGUGAGGUGAAGACUGGCGACCAGGUGCGACGCGUUGCCAUUCGCAAUACUCUAGUGACCUGUGCUCCUGUGCUUUGAGGAUACAACCUUUGUGACCGUGAAUACACACCUUACGUUGAGCUUCGCUGAGCCCCUCAAGUGUUUGUAUGAGACCCAAUCAAGGUGAGGUACUCUGUGUUCUAGAUUCCUUGUUAGUAGAGAGGUGGCUGCUGAGGUUUACAGUGAGUUUGGGUAUAAAGAACUAAUGUUCACCACAGAACGUAUCUUUACCUGUAGUGAUUGUGUAGGACCUGGCGCCUAGUCAUAGCCCAGGAAACUGUUUUGGAUACUAUGAUCAUCAGCCUCGGAAAGUGCGAGCAAAUCAACUAGUCAGCUGCCGAAGAAUACAAUCUUCCACCAGUUAUUGGGGGAGUGAACAGGUGCAGGACGCCUUGGCCUGGUGGUCGGCACCGUAACUCACCUCCCCAUGGUCCCCGAAGGGAUGUGAGUGAUGCUGUCUGAGUCUGACGACCACCUCACUCCCACCGUGCGCCCGCACGACUCACAGGGUGCUACGCUUCCCGCCGACAACUCGCCUCAACUCGCAGGCAUACAGUUGGUAGCAUGAUGCUAUCGUCGUGGUGCUGGCGGGUGGCGGCGGUGUUGGUGUGGGUGGCAGCGGUGGCGGCGAUGUGGGACACAAGCAAACACUCAACCAACUCGGGCGACAAUUCUGUCGUUCAAAAGCUGGAGAGCUCCCUCCUCGCGUCCUUUGGCCUCAAGCGGCGGCCUAGUGCAAAAACGGACGUGGUGGUGCCACCCUAUAUGCUGGAGCUUUUCCGUCGACAACAGGAAGGUCAGAUCGAGGCUGAAAUGGCCCCGACCACCGAGGCUCUCAGCUCUACUCUGACCUCUGAAGCCUACAACACCGCUAGAAGCUUUACCCAUGAAGAGAGCGAGGCGGACGGACAGUACCCGACACACAAGAUGCGUCUGCGCUUCAAUCUCUCCAAGCUGCCCAAAGAAGAGAUCCUUCAAUCGGCGGAGCUGAGACUUUCGUACGUGAGGCACCCCUCUGCUCCAGAUCACGGACCAGAGGACAAAGACCUCAACACUAAGUUGCGGGGACGUGAACAGCGGCGGUGGACUUCCGGAGCUGCACCUUACCUAAAGCGUGUCAAGGUGUACGACGUGUUGCGCCGAGCCACCCGAAACUCCGAGCCAGCGCUGCGCAUGUUAGACACAGAAAUCAUUGAUGCUCGCCGUUCAGGAGUUCGGAGUCUGGAUGUCUCUGACGCUGUUCGUCGGUGGAUAGCUUUGCCUAACAGGAACUACGGUUUGCUUGUAGAAGUCGUACCCUUUAACAAGACCACGUCACUGGACGCAUCACAUGUACGGCUCAGAAGGUUUGCAGAAGAAGAGAGGUGGUCAGAACAGCAGCCCCUGCUUGUCGUUUACGCUAGUGAUGGAAAAGCAAAACUACGAACCAAAAGAGCAGCGGGAAACAAGCAUAAAAAGAUAAGAGAGACUUGUCGUAGACAUCGUCUUCAUGUUGAUUUCCGGCAAGUAGGUUGGGAUGACUGGAUUGUAGCUCCGUCGGGCUACGAUGCCUACUUCUGCAAAGGAGAGUGCCACUUUCCGCUUCAUGACUCCCUGAACACAACUAAUCAUGCUGUGGUGCAAACCUUAGUUAAUUCACGUUAUCCAGAUCGAGUGCCCAGGGCAUGUUGUGUCCCUACAGAACUUUCUCCCAUAUCAAUGCUCUACGUGGACGACGACAAAAAUUUCGUACUGAAGAACCACCAAGACAUGGUAGUGGAAGGCUGCGGGUGUCGGUGAGCAGCAAUAGGUACCCUCGA